GCAUCGCGAGGAAGGCAUUGGGCGAGUACCUACAGACUGAUUGAUUCAUUGAACAUCUCUCAGUUGAAUCUGUGGAGCCUCACAGAACAAGAUAAUGGCGCCACUCUCUGGGCCGGGCCAGUGAUGAAACCUGCUCCUUCAGAAGUGUGUGCUGCAGUUAAAAGGAUACCAUUUGCGUCCAGAAUAUUUCUUUCUCCAGCACCAAUUUUCUGUCUCCUGUGACCAUGGCAAUAGCAUUGAGAAGAGCUGUGUGGUCCAAUACUAUGUGGAUGAAUGUAGCAACAUUCUGUAGGCAGGCCUCAGUACAGAAUGGAGCAGUGCAUUGUGCUCGCCAUAAAUCUACAUAUUCAGUCCUUCCAGAAGACUAUAACUGUAAAGUGGAACUUGCCAUGACAUCAGAUGGAAGGACAAUUGUCUGCUACCAUCCUUCAGUUGAAAUUCCAUAUGAGCACACACAGCCCAUACCUCGACCAGAUCCAGUGGAUAACAAAGAAGAAACACAUGAUCAAGUACUGAAAUCUAGAUUGGAAGUGAAGGAGCUAAAGAAUAGCAAAGGUCCUACAUUUGAGGAGCUCAGCAAAAUGUUUUAUACAACAAAACAUCGCUGGUACCCUGUGGGACAGUAUCAGAGAAGACGCAAGAAACUCAAUUCUCCUAAAGACAGAUGAUUACAAUAAUUUGUGUCUCUGCUUUGUGUCAUUAACCAUACUGGAAAUUAAACCACGAAAACAGGAGUUUUGCUGAUCAA